CUCGCGAUGAAAUGCAGGAGGGGAAAGAAUUCGAGCCAGUCCCACAGUGCGGGUCAGAAGAGAAGGCUGGGAGUUGGUUGGCUGGCUUGGUUGCUAUGAUACAGUUGUCAGCGCGCGGAGAGGAGCACGGAAGGGAGCUGUUAAAGUAACGGCCUGCUUUGUCGUUUCUACGCGCGCGAGAGAGUAAGGUAGAGGAAUAGUCCAGACUGGAGCAGACAAAGGGCCCCGGUACAGGGGGGAAAUUUGAAGAACAGAGGAAAAAAUGGCAAGUAAUCACAAGCCUCCUACGGCUCGUUCUUCCUCAAGAGCAGGAUUAGGCCUAGGAGUCAGGCCGUCCUCAUCCUCACUACGGCCUCCAUCUGCAGUUUUGCUUGGGGGAGGGAUCCCUCCAGGAACAUCAAGACCUGGUACACGUGGUGGAUUGAUAGGUACUGGUGUGGUUUUGUCUUCUCAAAUUAAAGUUGCAGACCGUCCGGUGACACAACAAGGGCUGAGUGGAAUGAAAACCGGAAUGAAAGGUCCACAGAGACAAAUUAUGGAUAAAUCCUAUUACCUUGGAGUGCUCAGAAGCAAAAUAAAUGAGCUCACCACAGAAAUCAACAAACUUCAGAAAGAAAUUGACAUGCAUAAUCAGGAGAAUUCUGUCUAUCUAUCAUAUGAAAAAAGAGCAGAGUCUUUAGCUGGUGAAAUCAAAGAGUUUCAAGGACAAUUAGCAGACUACAAUAUGCUGGUGGAUAAACUUAAUACCAAUACUGAUAUGGAGGAAGUAAUGAAUGACUAUAACCUGUUGAAGGCUCAAAAUGAUCGUGAAGCUCAGGGCAUAGACAUCAUUUUUACAGAAAGGCAAGCCAAAGAAAAACACAUUCAAGCUGUGGAAGAUGACAUCCAGCAGGAAAAGGAGGCAGCAGAAAAUAUAAUAAAAAAUAUGUCAGAAGAGGAUCAAACUAAAUACAUGGAGACAAAAGUAUCAAAUGAUAAACUCUUGCAGGAAUUGUGUACUUUACAGCAAGAGCUGGAUGCUGUGAAUAUGAAAGAACAAGCUCUAGAAACUGAAAUAGUACACUCCCAGAUUAAACAGGAGGCCUUACAACUGUAUGAAAAGCUUCAUGGACUCGAGGAACAUCGGAAUCAAAUGAUUGCAGAGGAUAAAAGUAUGGGAUCUCCCCAGGAGGAGAGAGAGAGAUUGCUAAAACAGGUGAAGGAAGACAAUCAAGAAAUAGCAAGCAUGGAGAGACAGCUGACAGACAUAAAAGAAAAAAUCAACCAACUUAAUGAAGGAAUACGACAGCUGGACAUGGAUCUAGAAGAGCAGCAAGGAGAGAAAAAUCUGAAAUACAAGGAGUUGAAGAAGAGAGAAGAAAGCAUGGACAACUUUCUUGAAUCUUUUGAAGAGACGAAAAACCAGGAAUUGGAACGGAAAGUACAAAUAGAGGCCAAUAUUGUGACAAUUUUAGAGCAUUCAAGCAGGAAUGUAAAUCGCAUGAAGCAGAUAUCUUCUGUAACAAAUCAAGAGCUGAAAAUCAUGCAGGAAGAUCUCACUUUCAAAUCAAGUGAAAUGCAGAAAUCACAGAGUACUGCUAAAAAUCUGGGAACAGAUAGUCAGCGUCUACGAAUGGACCUCCAGAAGAUGGGACUGCUAGAAGGCAAGAUGAUGGAUGAAUUGACUUCUCUCAAAGAAAAAAUUGAACAAAUGACAGAAGACUUGGAACUUUACAAUAAUGUGCCAGCUCUGAAAGCAGCAGGAGAAGAAAAGAAAAAGAAACUUCAAGAAGAGAAAGAAACAUUAACAAAAUGCAGGAAUGCUUUCAAGAAAAAUAUGGAGCAUCUGAAUAGAGAAUAUGAAGGCCUAAAGUUGCAGCUGCAGGAGAAUGAGACACAUGCACAGCUUACAAAUUUGGAAAGGAAGUGGCAACACCAUGAACAAAAUAACUUCGUCAUGAAAGAAUUUAUAGCAACAAAAAGCCAGGAAAGUGACUACCGGCCUAUAAUGAAGAAUGUGACCAAACAGAUUGCAGACUAUAACAAAACUCUCAUAGAAGCUUUACAAGGCAGCAGGAACUGAACUUAAGCACUUCCUUUAUAUGUCAGUGGAUGAGCGAGAGGAAUUAUCUAUACAAACUACAUGAAUAUUCUCAGAAAUAUUCUUGAAUCUAGUACUACAUGCCCCUCCCCCAAGUACACAGCAGCAGUUAUGUGCCUUCUGUAUAUAUGCUAGAUAGCAGCAACCAGGAAUCUUGGCUGCUUCAAAAUUGACUUUCCUGAAUAUAGUCCAUUAUUCUCAUACAAUGUUUUACUGAAGAUAACAUAAUUUAUAUUAUUUUGGCCUUGAUUAGUUAAGAAAAUGAUUUAAGUUAAGUUUCUUUGAGCAUUAUAUAUAUAUCCAUAUGCUUCUAUACUUAUUUUAUCAGAAUUCAAAACGGGGUAUGAAUAGCUAUAUAGCCAAAUAUGUAAUAAUAGUUAAUAAAAUAAAGAAAUUCAAGGCGGUAUUAUAUAGUGUUAUUAUUUUCCAGAGGUAGUUAUUUAGUAGAGCUCACCUGCUAUAUAAUCCAAGUUUACAUGCCUCAGAAUCCAACAAAACUGGGUUUUCUGGCAUGCCUAUGAACACUCAGCAUUGUUUCUAGAUUAUGAGGGAUUGAAUUUUAAUGUGAACCUGCCUGCUUUUCAGUUCCAAACCCGAUACAUGAACUAAAGCACAGCUGUCCUUUGAAAUUCACAUUUAUCUGAAUUUUUCAAUGCCAACCAAAAAAAUAAGUUCAAAAAUAUAUAUUAGGGGAAAGAGUGUACAAAAUGCUUAUGUUAGUGAAAAUAACAUAUCACAAUGCAUUAUAUUAGGGGAAAUAGUUGGGGAAAAUGUGUUAUGUAGCCAUCUCCAGCAUGUCCUUUUGCCACUCAUCCAUUGCUGGAUAAUUCUUUUAUUUAGUGUUUCCCUUCCAGGCCAUAUUGGACACCUAAGAGAUUUGAUUUUUUGUAAUGUGGAGUCAAGUGUCAGUAUCUCAUUUGUGUAUUUCACUUCUACAUAGACACUUCUUACAUAUAAUAAAAAUGUAAGAGUGUCAUCAUGUAACCCCUACUGGAGAAUUUGUAGUGCCACAUCGCAAUCCUGGAUUUGCUUGGUCAAGACAGGGUAGGGGAGGAAAAGAGAAGGCAGUUUGCACAACAGCAAUGGCUGUGGCAUGGGAAUGAGAAGGGAGGGGCACUGACAAGGGAAAUGUGGUUUAAAACAAGAGAGGUCUGAAUAGAUUGGCAAGGGAGGAACACAGGGUUUUUAAAAAUGUUUUAACAAGGAGAAAUAGCAGAGAUGGAUGCAACAUAGAAGCUAACACAACAGAGUCUUUCCCAACUUGGCUUCUUGCUGUACUCAAACCUUGUUUUAAGCCACAACUUUUUCCUCAGUGUCUGCCCCUGCUUGCUCUACUCAAAUCUCUGCCAUUGUUUAAAACUGCCAUUUUCCUCCCGUCAUCCCUCCAUCACUGCUUUACUCAAAUGUCUGCUGGUGUUUAAACUGCCAUUUUCCUCUCAGUGUUGCUCCAGCCCUGCUUUACUUAAACCUCUGCCAUUGUCUAAAACUGCCACUUCUUUCCUUUCUGUGUCCCUCCUUUCUCGCUCUACUCAAACUUCUCCAUCUUCCAUUCUUCAGCUGCCUCAUAUAAGAGAGAUAAAGGAUGUGGAACCCUCAAAUACUCCAUAGCAUUGAGUAUUUCCAUAAUUCCAAUGUAUUUCAUUCCUGGUACCAUGUGUUGUCUCCAACAUGAAGUUCCAGAUCCAAUGUAGGAAUUUUUAAAUGUUUUUAAGAUGUUUUUAGCAUUUGUUGUUUGUUUGCUCCUGUGCUCCUUCUGCGAGGAGGGGCAGGAUAGAAAUUUAAUAAAUAAAUAAAUAGAACAGGUAUUUUAUUAACACCCAUAUAUGUACAAUAUCCGUCAUCUAACUGAACAAGCUGAAGAUGCAAGCAGGUAUGAAAGAGGCUGCAGAAUAGGAGGGGAUGGUGGCUUCAUAAUUGGGCAAUGUUGAAAGGGAUGCUUAGUAGUUGCAAUGUGCGGCAAUAGGAAGAUGGAGGAGGUUACCAUAGGGGUAGUCUGUGUGCAACGGGGGUUGCACAAAGGAGAGAGAAGUGGCUUCAGAAAUGGGUUUGGGAAGGUUUAAAGAGAACUAGUAGUUACUGGUUGUGAGGAAGCGGAAGCUCUACAGGGUUAAAUAUGGAGGAACAGCAAGCAGAGCAAGGAGAGGGGUACAGCCCCUAGCAAACAUAUACAUGGACAAAGAGGAGCCAAGUAUUUAUUUUUCAAAUGUAACAUACAACUUGUCUAUCCCUAGUGUUACUAAAUGGAAUCCAUAGGAAAGGAAAUUGAGGUUCUCAU